AUGGGAUAUGAAUAUGUCACAGCUGUUUUAGGUAAAAACACAGAGUCCAGGAACUUGUACACAGAGAGAGCCUGCUGCAGACGCCAGAGUCACGUGAUCUACAUCGGCAAAGAUAUUUCUGGCAGUCCUGUGAAUGUUGAUGUGGGUGUGUGCAGAACACAUUGUGGCCAAUCAGCACGCUCUGCGUCAUUGGAGGCGGGGUUAAUGUCCACUAAAUAUUACGAAUCCUCAACGCUUGAUUUCCUGCGAUACAAAAAGAUGAAGCAUCUGGAUCCGUCCUCGUGGCCUGGUUCUGUCCCGUCCUGUGGACCGAGCUCCACCUGUGAGCCGGCCGGGGUGCGUGUGGACCGCGUGAUGCUGCGUGAAGGUCUGCAGGAGGUCGAGAUCAUCGAGGACUGUCACUGUGAAGCCAAAAUGAGCCGGUGUGUCCGAGCCCCAUCUCUCAAAACAUACUACUCUGAGACUCCAUACGAGGCCGUCAUAGACGCAGGCAAAUGUACCGGAUCAAAAGGGGCACCAGAGGGAUUUUCAUGCGUACCAACUAAGUUUGAUUCCACCUUCAUUGAAACUCCAAACAAAGUGGAGCUUAUCCAAACUGUGGCUCAAUGCAAACUAAGGGAGGGAUGUUACCGAGUCCCGUAUGUAGAGCAUCACUACGAGAUCACGUACAAUGAUGACGGAGUCAAAGUACACAGUCUGAGG